CUGGCGUUUGUUUCAACGCAUGCGCGUUAGUAACUGUAAAAAUGCCUGUAUUUUUCCGCCAGUAGGGGGCAGUGGUGCUUCGAGCUGCCGUGUUUACCUUCACGGAGGAAACUAGUGAAGAAGACAAAGCGACACUACAGAGAAGACCGUUAGCUAUAAGCUAGUACAUAAACGCAACAUAUCAAAAUGUCUCACUAACAAAAGAAGCAGCCGUGAGAUAAAUUCUUAUGCAGCGGAGGAAAGGAGAGGCUUUAAUAAACAUCUCCUGACAGAGCCCAACUCUUACCCGAUAGCAUGGAGAAGCAGCUGCAUUUGAACCUGCUAGCCUCCAGACCUCCCAUGGCAGGUGGUUUUCAGUCCAGCUCCAAAAUGAAAAUGGGACCUGGCAGGAAGAGAGAUUUCACCCCUCUGCCCUGGAGUCACUACUUUGAAACCAUGGAAGAUGUUGAGGUGGAGACUGAAAAUGGCAAAGAUAUUUUCAGAAUUUACUGCAGUGGCUCCCACGGUCCCGUUCUGUUCCUGCUCCACGGAGGAGGACACUCUGCACUUUCCUGGGCGGUGUUUACUGCCGUCAUAUACAACAGGAUCAACUGCAGAGUGGUGGCUAUGGACCUUCGAGCUCAUGGAGACACCAAAGUUAAAAAUCCUGAAGAUCUUUCUGCAGACACAAUGGCAAAGGAUAUUGGCAAAGUAGUGGAGGUCCUCUAUGGAGAGAACCCCCCUCCAAUCAUGAUUAUAGGACACAGUAUGGGGGGAGCUAUCGCCGUUCACACAGCCAGCGCCAAUCACGUGCCAUCCCUCCUUGGUCUGUGCGUCAUCGAUGUUGUAGAAGGUACGGCAAUGGAUGCUCUGAACAGUAUGCAGAAUUUCCUCAGAAGUCGGCCAAAGACGUUCAAGUCUCUUGAGAACGCCAUAGAGUGGAGUGUCAAAAGUGGCCAGAUUAGAAACUUAGAGUCAGCACGUGUGUCGAUGGGAGGCCAAGUGAAGAAAUGCGAGGAGUCCACCGACAAUCCAAGUGUAACCAACAGCAUUGGUGAAGGCAUUAUCGAGGAAGAGGAGGAUGAAGAGGCAGCGGAGGAGUCAAACAAGAAAAGGAUGAAGGAAGAUGAACAAGAGGUGAAAAAGGAGAGCGUGUUCACCUGGAGAGUGGAGCUGUCAAAGACGGAAAAAUACUGGGAGGGUUGGUUCAGAGGUCUGUCUGCCCUCUUUCUCUCCUGCGCUGUGCCAAAACUGCUCCUUCUCGCAGGAGUGGACAGGCUUGACAAAGACCUUACAAUUGGACAGAUGCAAGGGAAGUUUCAGAUGCAGGUCCUCCCUCAGUGUGGUCAUGCUGUUCAUGAGGAUGCACCUGAAAAAGUAGCAGACGCUCUUGCUUCAUUCAUGGUCCGACACAAAUUCACCGAGUUUAAGGAGGGAUACCUGUGCUAAUUUCCUGUUCAGACAUGGCCAGCAACCGUAGAAGAAACAGUUCAAGAUUCAUUCAUAUUGUUGACCAUUUUAUGAGCAAAGUUAAUAAAAUAUGACCUUAUUAUUGUAAUUAUGUUGUUUUUGUUAUAUACCGGUAGUUCUUUUUGCCUUUCAGCUUUGCCUUAUUCUUAUUUAAAAGCAUU